AUUGGAGUCAAACGCACUGCUACUACCUCGUUUGGCCUGGACUAAAGAAGUAAAAACCGAGCUGCAGUCGCGGCGCUACCACGACGAUCGAUACAUCAUCAACAACCGUCGUCCACGAACAAGUGGGGAACUGUUUUUAUUAGUCAAUUGUCUGCGUUGUUUUGCGUUCGUUCAGGUGUAUUUCGCAAAACUAUCGCUGCACCCAUACAAGAGCGCCCCAUCCUCGCUGUCGUCGUUCGGACAGUCAGUCGGUCGUUCGGUCAUCCUCUACUGACAUCAGACAUCAUCAUACCACCUAUCUACUAUCGGAAUCGGAAGGAAUCAGACAGUCUGCUCGCUGCGAGACUGAUUACGACUUCGACGAGGAAGUUUACAUCGUUUGGUGUCGGUACUACGGAGACAUCGACCACUCGGAAAGUCGAAACAAGUGCGAACCCGAUUGAUAGUGCUGCAGGAAGUCGGGAUUGAAUCAUCGUAGUAGGCUCCUACCCUAUCCUUGAACUUUAUCGGGCUACUAAGAGUCAUCAUUAUACGCAUAUAGCAAACGCACCACCGGAACAGUGCACUGCGAUGCAAGAAAGUGUGGUUCCUAAAACAUCAUAAUUUCUUCUAUACGUACGUAUGUACGGACGGACAUUGUACGAUUCGUCUCGAUGCCAGGUGAAUGAAUGUCGAUCGGUCGCGGAACAUCGUCCGAUGUGUUGUAGUGUCAAUAAAUAAAUAAAUCUCUCUCGUGAUUUGCGAGGGAUAUACGUGGUGCUGCGUCGCGACAAUCAUAUUCUGUGAUCGUACGUCAAAACGUGAGCAAGUUUUUCUAACUCUGCGGUUCGCCAAUUAUACUUCUUUGCAAUAUCAUAAUGGUGUUCUGUUGAUGGUUUUGUGAUAGAGCUACCUACCCCAAUUGUCCAGUGUUGAUUGCCUCGCUAAUUGACUGAUUGACUAUAGUGUAUCGGAGGAAUCAAUAACCGAACCGAACCAUGCCCACCACAAAGGCUCCGGUGCAGUCGCCGAUUGUGCUUAGCCAGCGAGAGACCAGCUUCAAGGAUUGCGUCCAACCGCUCGAGUACCACGGCCACUGGGACGGACAGGGAAAUGCGAAAAUCCUCAACAAUGGGGCGUCUGCGAUGAUCACGUUCUCGGACCGUUCGUUCCAACCGUUCAUCAUCGGAGGUCCCCUGGACAACAAGUACAUCUUCGAGCAGUUGCACUUCCACUGGGGCGUAGAGGAUGACUCCGGUUGCGAGCACAUUCUCGAGGGCAAUACCUACUCCAUGGAGGCGCACGCCGUCCACUACAAUGCCAAGUACGGUAGCUUUGCGGAAGCUGUUGACAAACCCGACGGUUUGGCGGUGACGGGAUUCUUCGUGCAUGCCUUUGGCGAUGUGGAUUGUCCGGAGUUCGACAAGAUAGUGAACGGCAUCAAGUACAUCGCGAAGCCCAACACGGAGUCGAAGAUCGAUGCUGAUUGCCUUUCCUGGAUGGGUCUCCAGGACCUGAGUCGCCAUUAUUACACCUAUAAGGGUUCCCUCACAACUCCUCCGUACUACGAGAGCGUCACCUGGAUCGUCUACAAGACUCCGGUGUACGUUUCGAGCCGGCAGAUAGACACCUUCCGACAGUUGCAGUCCUGUCCGAAGGACUCCAACAAGAAGAUCGUCAACAACUACCGGGAAGUGCAGGUACACAAGGUCAGCCCCGAGGUCGUGUUCGUGCGGAACAGCCGGCUACGAUCGAAGCUGUGAGGCGUGCGGUGUGCGGUGCGCCACGACAGGCGCACGGAACUGAAAAUGAUGUCAAGACGAGCUUGCCUUUCCUUGUAAAAUAGUGGCUAAGUAGGAUUAGACGCGGGUUUUUGUUGAAUAAGAUUUGUAAAUUGUUGGAAAAUACACAGUUUUUUGUAAGUAACAA